GCAGGGCACGACGGGAAAUGGAUGGCGACCUCAAUGAGCCAAACUUAAUUUGGUGCGAAAACUCCGUAGUAAAAAGCCUGGACAAAAAUGUCAGGGGUACCGUAGAGGCGGACGGAAGCCCCAGUGGGUCAAAACCACUGCGCCUUGUAAAGCUCGAGGACACCGACUAAAGGUGCUAAAGGCGGAGGCGGGGCUGGGAUCAUAGGGAGGUUGUGGCGCACGAGGCACUGUAGGACACUAGGUAACGUGGGGUGGGACGGAAGCCUCGGAGGGUCAGACCGUAGCGACGCGGGAAGUCCGGACGCUGUAGCUAUCUAUAGAGGAGGCCUGAAGCGGAGGAGGUUCGGGCCCCAGCGGAGGCGAUGGCGGAGAGGCCCGAGGACCUAAAUCUGCCCAAUGCCGUCAUUACCAGGAUCAUCAAGGAGGCGCUCCCGGACGGUGUCAACAUCUCCAAGGAGGCCCGGAGCGCCAUCUCCCGCGCUGCCAGCGUCUUCGUGCUGUAUGCCACAUCCUGUGCUAACAACUUCGCGAUGAAAGGGAAGCGCAAGACACUCAAUGCCAGCGAUGUGCUUUCGGCCAUGGAAGAGAUGGAGUUCCAGCGGUUCAUUACCCCCUUGAAAGAAGCUCUGGAAGCCUACAGGAGGGAACAGAAAGGCAAAAAAGAAGCCUCUGAGCAAAAGAAGAAAGACAAAGACAAGAAACCAGAUUCAGAAGAGCCAGACAAGAGCAGGGGUGAAGACAACGAUGAUGAGGACGACAGACUGGAAGAGGAAGAACAGAAUGAGGAGGAGGAAGUAGACAACUGAUGCUUUAUGGGACGCUUUUCCCUGUGAGGCAGAGUGGUCUUGGGCAUAGGUGCCUGAGAUCAAAAUAAAAACUGACUCUAAUUAUCAAACCAGCUCUUGGCAGACUCAGAGCAUCUGAGUAGCAGAAUCCUGUUUUGCUUAAUCAGUCUGAAGGUUAUGACCUUUUAGUAUGGGGGACUCUGAAUGACUGAUAGUCAUUAUUGCUUGUUUACUUUGGUAUGUGGCUAGCUAGUUUUUGAUCCCCUAUCUCCCUGCCCUUUCACAAAAGGAAUAAUAACUUCCAUGUUGCCUGCUGUGUUCCAGAUCACAGAGGCAUUAAAGGCUCAGGAAAAAAAAAAAAAAUGGGGCUUUGAUCAUGGUCACCCUGUUUGAUUGUACAGUAUUUAGCAAUAGGUAUUAAU